AUCUAGAAGAUGCGGUUUCUGCCACUAGCGCAAUAAAGCGGAGCCUGGAAUCUCCCACCAGCCAUCGAACGCUUAGAGUAAGUUAGAGGCUGAUUGGGCAAGCAACAUCGUCAUCUUGACUUCUACAUCCUAGUCAUCCAAACUCUGCAUAUAUCAAUCGGAGAAGAGCUUCAGCCAUUUUCUGGCAUCACUUGUCAUGGCAUCCCAUCAGAUUAACAUCCUUUUGAGCUCUUUCCCCGGGCUGGGCUUGCCACCUACGCUCUCACUUCAGCUGUCACCUACUGCGUCGAUAUCCGACCUCACAUCACAAAUAUGGGAGCGACUUCCAGCAAUUCAUUCGCGAUUAAUCCUAACAUCCAAUGAAAAUAAGCAAAUCUUACCGUCCUCUCUAUCGGUGUCCUCACUUUUGACAAAUGGAGAUGACUUUUUACCCCUUCGACUAUCUGUGCCUCUCUGUGGUGGUAAAGGUGGAUUUGGUUCCCAAUUACGUGCAGCGGGAGGUCGAAUGUCAUCCCGUCGCAAGAAGAAUCAGGGUGAGGACAACGGAUCUAACCGGAAUCUUGACGGGCGGCGCCUCCGAACGGUCAAUGAAGCUAAGGCUCUUGCCGAGUAUCUCGCACUUAAGCCUGACAUGGAGAAAAAGGAAAAAGACGAGAGACGCAAACGCUGGGAGGAAGUUGUUGCAUUGGCCGAGCGUAGAGAACAUGAAAUCAAGAGCAGUUCAAAGGGAAAAGUGGAUGGUCAAUGGGUCGAAGACAAAGAAGAAGCCGGAGAAAGAACCAGAGAGGCAGUCCUGGCUGCUAUGAAAGAUGGACAUUAUCGCGACAAUAUUCUGAGCACUUCUGCCGAUACCUCAAGUAGUAGCAAUUCAAAGGGGGCAAGCGACGAGAGCGAGGACGAUGCGGGGCCCUCAAGCUCGACGGCAACUUCACCGCCCUCGUCUGUUGACGUGGCUCCUGGUCGAACUUUUUUUGGCUUCGAUGAGGACGACGAGUUCAUGAGCGAUGAGGAGGAGGAGGAGAUUGAAGAUGAGAACAUGGAUGCUGAUGAUUUGAAUGACAUCAAGGGCAAGGGUAAAGCCGCGGCUUGAGAGACCCUUUCUAAUAUGUGCGUUUUCCGGUUAUUAUAGCAUGGUGUUCUGGGAAAUUCUGGCGUCAUGGGUUUUUCGUUCGAAUGAUGAGGGAAUUGAAGGGCAUAUUAAGAUAUCAAAUUCGUGCUUGUUAUUAAGUUUUUUUUUUUUUUUUUUUUUUUU